UUAAAAGGGGUUUUGCUCCAUCAUUUGCAAAUUCACCUACCAAGAUCGGAUUCAAUUUCUGUAAAUUAAAAAAAAAACCAGAAGGUUUGAGUUUUACAUGGCUAACGGUGAAGUAGCUAUAGCUUUGGAGAAGAUGGAAGAGAAAGCUGAAGCAAUUCCAGUUGCAGACAACUCGAAAGAGAAAGUUGCAAGUAGUCAUUCAAAACCAGAGGCUACAGUGGAAAAUUCAGUCAUGAAAGAUGAACAUGGAUCAAGUAAGAAAUGGUCACCAAAAGAGGAGGAAGCUCAUGAUCCUCCUCAGGGGUGCUUCCUUCAAAAGUGGAAGAAGAUAUUUGUAGCGUCGUGUCUGUUUGCUGUUUUAUUGGAUCCAUUGUUUCUCUACGUUCCUAUGAUGAGGGAUGAAAUCAAGUGCCUGCUAUACGACAGAAACUUGAAGAUUGCCGCUCUUCUUUUAAGAUCAGUCACUGAUCUUUUCUAUAUAUUGGACAUCAUUUUUCAAAUUUAUGCAUCACCCAACUAUUCUGAUGUCAUGGAUCUAUAUCGUCGUAUUAGGCUGUACUGCUCGAAAAUAAGAUUUUGGAGGAAAUAUUUUGUGCCAACAAUUGCUAAGACAAUCUUGGGGUCAUACAAUAUCUUAAUUGACAUUAUGGCCAUUCUU